AUGAAGCCAACAAGAGUGCAAUUCGUGACUGGCAUCUCCGGAUACUUUGUCAAGGACCUCGAGGCCGUCCGCCAGAGUGCGAGUUACGACCCCCUGGUCGACAACAUCCAACCCCUCACGCCAGGAUUUCAGCAGGUCGUCCAGCCCGGCCAGGUGAUCUCCAUCCUGCUGCAUCUCCCCAAUGGCCAGAUGGCCGUGGGGGACUGUGUCGACGUCAUCUUCUCCGGGGCAGCGAAUCGCGACGCCCUGUUUGUCGCCAGCGAGCAUCUGCCGGUGCUGCAGUCUGUGGUCCAGCCCUGGCUACUGAGCUGCGACAUGACACGCUUCCGACCGAACUCUGUGCGCAUUGAUUCGCCAUGGCCAGAGCUGGGCAAUGUCUGCCUGCAUUCCGCCAUCCGGUAUGGACUGUCGCAGGCGCUGCUUGCUGCCAGUGCAUCUCUGCACGGUUGUGUGCCCGCUGAGAUCAUCGUGCAGGAAUGGGGCAUCGCGGUGGCUGGCCAACCAGUCGACAUCCUGGCUUCCUGCCACCGCAACGACUUCCUCCAAUUGGACCGCAUGAUCAUGAAGCAGGUCGCAAUCUUGCCCCACGCUUCCUUUCUCCACAUCGAUGACCUUGGGCCGGGCGGGAAGACCCUGUUGGAGUUCGUCGAGAAGGUGGCUCGUCGUGUCCAGGAACGGGGCCCCUCGGGGUACCAUCCAAGGCUACACUUUGAUGUCUACGGCACUCUUGGGGAUCUGUUCCAAGAUCAAGAUCAAUUGGUCGCCUUUCUCGGCCAAGUGCAGCGCGCAGCUCAGCCAUAUGACGUUCUCAUCGAGUCGCCAAUCAUUGCCCCCACCAAGGCUGCGCAGAUCGAGCGCUUGAGAGAUCUGCGACUCCGAUUGCGCGCACUGGCCAUCCCCGUGCAGAUUGUGGCCGACGAAUGGUGCAAUACCCUGCAAGACACCAAGGACUUUGCAGAAGCGGAGGCCGUCGACUUUGUCCAGAUCAAGAUGUCCGACCUGGGGGCGAUCCACAACAGCAUCGACGCUGUGCUCUACUGCCGCGAGCGAGGGGUGGGGUGUUGCCUUGGAGGAUCCGCGAACGAAACAGACAUCUCUGCACGCAUGACGGCACAUACGAGGGGGUGA